CUCUUAUCAACGAUCUGCCUCAUAUCUCAACUUUGGCACUCUAUACCUCGUUGGUGUUAUGCUAUCCGCAGGCGCGACAUUUGCCAGUAUCUUCAUCUGCUCGAUCUUCCACCAGCCUCGUCCUACACAUGGAAGAGAAAUCUUGGUAGUGCGCAACGAUGCCACCCGCAAACUCUCCCUCGGAGACACCCUCACUAUCAUCUACGACAACCCCCUACCUACAACAGCUAGAUUCGAUUACGAGUCCAACACCUAACCUAGCGGCGACAUUAAUCAACAUCGACGAUGCGAAUGAUGAGAACGUGAGCUUUUUGCGCGCUCGCCCUCAUUCCCCGCCCGAAUCAUCAUCCGCUAGUCGCGCGAGAAGAAGGCGCUUGGCCUUGUUGCCAGAAGUUGACCUCGAAAGCAUGGAUAUCGAGGAGGGGAGGCGCCCACGACCCUCCGUGGACGUCAACCGGCGGCUUCCGGUUAUUCGGCGACAUCGUGAUGACUCGAGUGGAGUUCCAAGUUAUGAUGGGCUAGUUCCAAGUACACGCGCUCUAUAUGGAUGGGCACCAGGGCCGGAUGAGGAAGCGAACGACAACGAUGGACGCUGGGAAGUUGCAGUAAAUCAAAAUCCACAUGCAGAUGGUGUUUGGUAUGGACGAGGCUCGGAUCGAAGCUCAGCUGGUGAUAUGUCUCUUCCUCGAAUAUCAAGACGAGAUGUUAUAGGGAGGACGUUGUCUCCAUAUUCUGGAGACAUAUCAGAGAGGAGCGAAUCAAGUUCUCAAGACCGAGCAGUUCCCGGUACAAUCACCGAAGCGUUGCUGCAGUCUAUGCGUCGUGGAACUAGGUUUGCCUCUCGUACUCGCACGCUUCAAAACUAUAUUUUGGAAAGGGAACGCGAGCGAGAGCGAGAACGAGAACGGAAUGGUGGUCAAGAAGCAGAAGAAAGGGACCGAGAGCGGGAACGAGAACGAGAACGUGAGAGAAACAGGCCUCCAUCAGCACCACGUGCUCUGCGGAUGAGUCUGAGAAACGCAUCAGGGGAUCUUCGGGAAAGACUGAAUACACACCGGCCAUCUUUGAGAGACAAUCCUUCAAGCGCGAGAUUGAGGGAGACGAUAAAAUAUUUAGAAUCUAUUCGCAACUGCAGCUCCUUGGCGGAGAGGAUGUCGUCGGCUAUUCAGCGAGGAUUCGUUCGUGAAGAGUAUUUCAUAGACAAUCACAACGAAGGUGAUUUUCUUCUAGAUCCGUCAACAAUAAUGCCUCCCCCGUAUUGUUCUUGGCUGCAACCAGGGGCAGUAUUUGCAGGAUCACAGAAGGCAAUGAACAGCAAUAUACCAAAUCAAACCAUGAUGCUUGAUCACAGAGUGACAUCCGAACGUCGACCGCCAGCCGAAACGAUAUUCAUGAUUAACCCAGAGUUCGACCGAAUCAGUGUGUCGACAACAAGUGGCCGACGCUAUUGGGCGAACAACGUUCGUGAAGGCCCCGCCGGUAGAGAACCUAAAGGAGAACAUUGGCCUGUGAAGGUGACUAUUCAUAGCGUGGACUAUUCCUCCAUGUCUUUGACGGGAACUAUGGAGGCUUAUAAUAUUCCUGACAAAACAUCACCGACCCGUGAUGCUCAUAUAGUCACUUUUCUCGAAGGAGAGAUUAUUGAUUUAAACAUCCAUACCCUGGAGACAACAAGUUUCAAGGCCGAUGCCGAUAUCGACAGUACGUACUGGCGAGAACUACAGCCUUUCAAGGAGCUCUCAGAUGAAGCAGUUAUGAGAGGGCUGUUGAGUAGGGAAUGGAUGACGGAGAAGUGGAGGAAAAACUGGAUUCUCAUGCGCUGGAAGGAACGUUGCUUCAUUACACCUACCGACGCUCGCCAGGGCCUCACAAUUUCUGGCUUCUAUUACAUCUCUUUACACCGCGAGACCGGAGAAAUCGAAGGUCUGUAUUACGAUCCAGGCAGUUCACCAUACCAGCAAUUAUCUCUGAAACCGGAGAGACAGAAUAUGACAUUCUCAGCUUAUAGUUUCCGUUAAUACUUUAUAUAAAGACGUUGAGAUUUGUCAUGCAUGGAGUUUUUCUGUUCAAGAAACAUUUCGGGGCCAUCAACAAUACUUGAUAUAGUCGUUGUAUACCUUUUACCACUUUUUCCACUUUUUCUAGUCUAGCGCAUUCGCAUAUUCCCCUCCCUUGUUUCAUUUGAUUCAGCGAUUAUAUUAGCGGGUAUUUAGUGUAUUUAUUUUAUGAUUAUGCAUACAUACGACCUCAGUGAAUA